AUGCUGGGGCGAGAACCGGCACAACAGCAGCCCCCAGAUCAUGGCCAAAACCAGCAGGAGAUAGACGGCGCCCAUGGCAACGGCCCCGCCGAGCCGAGCGCGGCAGCAGUACAAUGCACUGCUGCCACGCCGCCGCCGCGCCCCCUGUUUUUCGCGCGCUUCUGUGCGGGCUGGGUGUAUGCCAGCCAGGGCACCGUGGCCGCUUCCCUUUUAGAAAAGCAGCGGCGCUACGAGGAGGCCGUUGAGCUGCUGCAGCUGCUGCUGGGCGGUAACGCCUGCCUGUCGCGCCGCGGCACCUGGUGGUGCCGACUGUCCAUCAACCUGGAGCAUCUCAAGCAGGUGGACGCAGCCCUGGAAGUGGCAGAGGCGGCGCUGGCGGACCCCUACGUGCGCCAUGACGUGCCGGGCGUGUUCCAGUCGCCCUUCCAGGCUGCUCCCUUGGAUCUUGACACCGACGCAUUCUUCCCAGCCCGAGCAUCUGCAAUUGAGCGCCGCCUGCAGGACAUCGCGCUCGGCGGCGCAGGUCCCCUAGUGCAGGCCACCUGGGAGACGCACUACGGCGCGCUCUGUCGCGGCGUCAGCUGGUCACGUUUCAGCCUGCCCCAGUUGCUGGAAAUCAGCGAGUGCAUCGGUGGUGUGGGCCUCUCUGUCGUGUUUCGCCUCAUGGCAGAGGACCACGCCGGCAGCUCAGGCGGCCUGCCGGACUUGCUGCUGUGGCGCACUACCCCGCACCGCGACGCGCGUUUGGUGGAGGUCAAGGGCCCAACUGACCGCCUGUCGGAGCAGCAGCGCGCAUGGAUUGCUGCCAUGUCUGCAGCCGGCCUGCAAGUAGAG